AUGGCGGGGCGAGGGGGGGAGGGGGGACCGAGGACGAGAGCCCCGGUGAAAGUGCGCGUGCGCAGCGCGUGCCCUGCGCCCCGUCCGACCGGCUCUGAGCACAAUUCCCAGCUGCGUCCCGAACAAGAGGGAGAGAAGCAAGCGACAAUCGCCCGCGAAUAUUCCCCUUUUGCAAGACUGUCAGUCUGUCUUUUGGCCAGUGAGUGUGCGUUCGCAGAAUGGCUGCGGGAUAUCGGCCCGGACAGGACAUUCGAUCGGGCGUCUACACUGUACAGUGAUUCCGGAUGGGCAGCGGCAAUGAUCCGCCUCGUAAACAGAGUCGAGACACCGUCGGCCGACAGACGAGCCGGCGCACACAUCGAGGGGAAUGGCGCACGGCGGAGUAAUCGAUGCCUUUCUACUCCGCGGCCUGCAACUCUCGCCGAUGAUGGU